AUGAGUAGUUCGUUCUUCAGCGCGAAAACCCAGACUCUAACGCUUCCUGACGGUCGCAUCUUAUCCUUUAGCGUCUUCGGCGCUGGCAGGGAUACAGAACCUGGAACAGAGAAUCUUCCGGUCGUCUUCUACUUUCACGGAGUCCCUAGCUCCCACGACGAGGCAUACAUGAUGCACAAUGCCGCCCUCGAGCGAGGCAUUCAGAUUGUCGCCCUCGACCGUCCUGGCUAUGCUGGCUCCACGCCCCAGCCUGGUCGACAAUUCCUCGACUGGCCGUCCGACGUACUCGCUGUUGCCGACCACUUCUCCAUCCCCCAAUUUGCUAUAAUAGGCGCAUCUGGUGGCGGACCCUAUGCUUUGGCAUGCUUGCGGUCGCUGCCGAAAGACCGGCUCACUGGGGUUGCCCUCUGCUCCAGCGUCUACCCGAUCUCGUUUGGACUCGCAGGCAUGAAGUUUCUCAACAUUCUUUUGCUUCGUAUCGCUCCUUGGGUUCCUUCUCUUCUUGCCUGGAUCGUGGAUUAUACCCAAUCGUCGGCUGCGCGAGACGAGGAGCACCCCGAAGUCUAUGUGAGCAAGAUGAUGGAGAUGAUGAAGAGCAUACCUGCCGCAGACCGCGUUGUCUUUUACGACAACAUUGGCGGCUACAGGGACGCCAUCGUGGCCGGCUCCCGCGAGGCGUUGAAGCCAGGCGGGCAGACAUUUGCCCAGGAGUAUGCAUUGCUGGGAAGUGAUUGGGGGUACAAGAUUGAGGAGAUACAAGAUGCAGACCGUCUUUUCAUCUGGCAUGGCACAGAGGAUAUUCACGUGCCGAUUGCCAUGGCCGAAAAGGCAAUUCAGCUGCUACCAAACGCCGAGCUGAGACGUCUCGAGGGAGAGGGACACGUUGGCCCUGUUCUUCGAGCGAGUGAGAUUCUGGAUGUGAUGAAGGGCAAACUUGGCUGA